CAGAAAGUGUUCACUAGUAAGUAAGGUUGAUAUCCCAGCAAGCCGGUGAUCAGAAUUUCUCUUUUCAGCCAUCUUGGAUCUGAAGCCCUGACACAAUAUGCCUGGUGAAGCCACGGAGACCGUUCCGGCCAUGGAACAGGAGAUGCAGCAGCCGCAGGGGGAGACUGCUCCAGCUCCUCCUGUGGUAGCCGCUGCAGAAAAGUCAGCAAUUCCUCCUACUGCUUCCAAGAUGCUUUCCUCUACUCCUCCAAACUCUACAGCUGCUAGUGCCUCUCCUGUGUCUAAAACUAAAGAAUCUAAGGGUGGCCCCAAGCUGUCGUCCUCUCCUCUCUCCAUCUCCAGCCCUGUGCCUGUUGCCACCAAGCGGCAAUCUUCAUCAGCUUCUGCCUCCUCCCCAAAGUCCUCUUCCCUCCCUCGCUCCCCAAAGUCAUUCUCCUCCUCUCCUCAUUCCCCCUCCUCUCCCAAAUCCUUCACUUCCAUCCCUCGCUCCACUCCUCCCUGUUCCCCCCUGGCUUCUCCCUUGACGCCUCCCCAGGGUUGCUUUUCGGCUCCUGGUCAGGGGGAGAGGUCCAGCCCUCAGCCCAAAGUGGUCAAAGCUGGUGAGCGUAAGAAAGCCAAGAGGAGUGCCAAAGCACCCCAGCCUGCCAAAGCUGCCCCAUCUGCUGUGCCAGCUGAUGUCCUGCUCCUGGCUGGCCCUGCAUCUGGAGCACCCUCUGCCUCCAAGAAAGUGCAUGAGGCACCAGCUAAGGAAACAGUCCUGCCCCCGUCUCCUGUAGCUGACAUCCCUGUUCCAGCUCAAAUCCCUGCUGCCCCACUGUCUCUAACAAAAACCAAACCGGUCCCACACAAAGCGGACAUCAGUGUCCCAGCACCUGGAAAAGAUGUAGCUACCUCGGAAAUGGUUGAGGUCAAGCCAGUUGAGGCCAAGCCCGUCGCGACGGAAAAGGUUGAGGCCAAGCCCGUCGCGACGGAAAAGGUUGAGGCCAAGCCCGUCGCGACGGAGAAGGUUGAGGCCAAGCCCGUCGCGACGGAAAAGGUUGAGGCCAAGCCCGUCGCGACGGAAAAGGUUGAGGCCAAGCCCGUCGCGACGGAGAAGGUUGAGGCCAAGCCCGUCGCGACGGAGAAGGUUGAGGCCAAGCCCGUCGCGACGGAGAAGGUUGAGGCCAAGCCCGUCGCGACGGAGAAGGUUGAGGCCAAGCCCGUCGCGGCGGAGAAGGUUGAGGCCAAGCCCGUCGCGACGGAGAAGGUUGAGGCCAAGCCCGUCGCGGCGGAGAAGGUUGAGGCCAAGCCCGUCGCGGCGGAGAAGGUUGAGGCCAAGCCCGUCGCGGCGGAGAAGGUUGAGGCCAAGCCCGUCGCGGCGGAGAAGGUUGAGGCCAAGCCCGUCGCGGCGGAGAAGGUUGAGGCCAAGCCCGUCGCGGCGGAGAAGGUUGAGGCCAAGCCCGUCGCGGCGGAGAAGGUUGAGGCCAAGCCCGUCGCGGCGGAGAAGGUUGAGGCCAAGCCCGUCGCGGCGGAGAAGGUUGAGGCCAAGCCCGUCGCGGCGGAGAAGGUUGAGGCCAAGCCCGUCGCGGCGGAGAAGGUUGAGGCCAAGCCCGUCGCGGCGGAAAAGGUUGAGGCCAAGCCCGUCGCGGCGGAGAAGGUUGAGGCCAAGCCCGUCGCUGCUGCCCCUACUAAACCAGAUGUGUCCCUCUCUUCCAAGAGCCCUGCCAAUUCCUUCACUGUGAUGUCUGUGCCUGCUGCUCGUGCUCCCUUGUCUUUUGCUGCUGCUGUUGCUCAAGGUCUCCCUGCAAGCCCCAAAGUAGAGCAAGAGCCAAUGCCACAACCAGUCUCUGAGACUGCUAAAGCCUUGCCAUCACCCAGAGAUAUGCAUGUUGUCCAACCAGAGGUGGUCAAGUCACCCACUCAGGGAGAGUCCGUUCCCAUGACUCCUGUGAUCACUCCUGCCAUUACUAACCAGUCUGCUAAGCCUUCUCCACCUUCAUCUGCUGUAGAAAAUGCUCCACCUUCAAUCGCCCCUCCUUCCCUUCCCCUCUCAGUUCCCACCCCAGCUGCUGCUCCCAUUGUAACGCCGCCUCCCAAGGCUGCCACCCCAGCUGCUGCCCCACCCCUAGCUCUAGAGGAGGAGGAUGACGAAUUGCCCCCCCUCAUUCCCCCAGAGCAGCUGGUCAGCAUGCCCGUUUUCCCCCGCCCUGUCAUAGUGGAGACUACCCUGAAAAAAGACCCCGUUGCCACUGCACCUCCAGUUACCCCCAAACCCACCCCCCUUCCAACCCCUGCUGCUGUACCCUCAGCGGUGCCUCUCUCCAUUCCCCAACCUGCUCCUGCUCCUGCUCCUACUCCAGCCCCUCCAAAGCCAGAGCCUGUGAUGAAGAACGACAAGGGGUCUGGCACGGAGUCAGACAGCGACGAGUCAGUACCAGAUCUGGAGGAGCAGGACUCUGCACAAGCACAAACGCAACAGGCCCAGCUUGCCGCAGCGGCUGAAAUCGACGAAGAACCUGUCAGCAAAGCAAAACAGAGUCGGAGCGAGAAGAAGGCUCGCAAGGCAAUGUCCAAGCUGGGUCUACGGCAGGUGACGGGAGUUACGAGGGUUACCAUCCGCAAGUCCAAAAACAUCCUGUUUGUCAUCACCAAACCAGAUGUCUACAAAAGCCCCGCCUCUGACACAUACAUAGUCUUUGGAGAGGCAAAGAUCGAGGAUCUUUCACAGCAAGCCCAGCUGGCAGCAGCAGAGAAGUUCAAGGUGCAGGGAGAAGCCGUUUCAAACAUCCAAGAGAACACACAGACGCCCACCGUACAGGAAGAAAGCGAAGAGGAGGAGGUUGACGAGACCGGGGUGGAAGUAAAGGACAUCGAGCUGGUGAUGUCACAAGCUAACGUGUCACGGGCGAAGGCUGUACGUGCGCUCAAGAAUAACAACAAUGACAUUGUCAACGCCAUUAUGGAAUUGACGAUGUGAUAGGCCGAAGAACAGAGAAGAUGUAAUCUGGGGUCUUGCUGUUGAUUCUGCACACGUUUGUACCAUUUAUACCCAGGAGAUUAAUAAAAUUAUGGAUUGAUGAGAUGGAA